UUCGUCUCUUCUCUUCUCUUCCAUGCACAAUGCCCACCUGGAGCUGGAGCUCUCUCUCUCUUCUUUCUCUCUCAUCUGAUAAAAACUAUGGCCCCGUCAUUCAUCACCGACCCACCAUAGCCGCCAUAACCACAACCACUUAUGGAAGAACAAGAGAACGAAUACUUCUAUUACAAAGCCCUACCCGAACCGGACUGGUUCACAAAGCUUGUGCUUCUCCAAGCCGAUUUGAUCCACAACUCACUGUCGUUUCUCUUCUCUCCGGUCGUUUUCCUUAUGUCCAUCGUCUCUGACUCGUACCGACGAGCAGAGAAGACCACCGUUUCCAUCGAGACGGCGGUUCAGAAAGCCCCCACUGUCCUCACCCAUGGCAUCAUCUCAUUGCUGAAGCGACUGGGGUUUGGGAUUCUCGGGGCCGCAUACGUCUGCAUGGUUCUGGUUCUUGUUUUGAUUUUGGCUGUCGUUUUGGGUGUUGGGUUGGUCCGAGUGUGGGUGGAGGAGCCUGUGAUUUUGAAAGAAAGAUUGCAUUUUGAUUUCACCGAACCCCACCCGAGUGCUCUGUUCUCAUUUGGGGGUUGGCAAGGGUUUGAGAUGGGUCACAAGAAGAAACCAGUUAUGGGAGUUCCAGUGGGUCAUACCUUCUCCGUCUCUGUGGUUCUUUUGAUGCCUGAAUCUGGUUUCAAUAGAGAGGUUGGUGUAUUUCAGUUGAGUGCAGAAGUUUUAUCCACGGAUGGUCAUGUAAUGGGAAAAUCAAGUUUGCCUUGCAUGUUACGUUUCAGAAGCCUUCCUGUCCGAUUAGCAAGAACUUUUAUUAUGAGCAUACCACUAGUACUUGGAAUUUCUGGUGAAACACAGAAAAUAACCAUUGAAAUACUGAAAUACAAGGAGGGACAUCCAAGAACAGGAGCCAUAAGAGUAAUAAUGAUUCCAAGGGCUGGAACACAGUUUCUCCCACAGUUGUAUGAAUCUGAAAUUGUGAUGAAAUCAAAGCUUCCAUGGACGAAAGAAUUUGUUCGAAGUUGGAAAUGGACAUUCUAUGUGUGGUCAUCUCUGUACACUUACAUUAUUCUUUUGAUUGCUAUGUUUUCUUGCUGUAGAUCAGUCUUCUUUCCAUUUUCGGUUGCAAUCUCGGGUGAAAGUGGUGCGAGAGGAACAUUGGCCAGUGAACCACCACCUAAGGAUCAUCCACAGAUGAGAGGUGAUGAUGGUGGUGAAGGAGAAGAUGUUUUGGAGAUGUUGAGAAAAUGGAGGCGUGGCAGAAGCAAGAGAAGGGCUAUCUCUUUGCCCGAAACUGUUGGCUCUUCUGCUUCAUCCUUUACCAUAACAAGAGAAGAGAGUAGUGCAGCUGGUGAAGAAGAUGUAGGGGACUCGGAAUCAGUGUGUUUAGAUCAAGGAUGACUUGGUUGGAUGAACUGUUUAUUAGUGUCAAGAAUUUUGUAACAUUCCUUGGAUGAACUGUUUAUUAGUGUGUUUGUCCUUUUAUUAUUAUUAU